AUGGAUUCGAAGAGCUUGGAGGUUUCUGGGAGCGUAAUGGAUGGGGUGACUGAGAAAGGGGAUUUAGAAUCGCCUAAGAAAAUACCGACUGAAUAUCGCGUAUAUCCAAUCCGAUGGCUGGUUCUCUUUAUAUUUGUGAUGUACUCGGCGAGUAAUUCCAUGCAGUGGAUACAGUACAGCAUCAUACAGGACACGGUGGUUAAAUAUUAUGAAGUUACGAGUAUUACUGUGUACUGGACGUCGAUGGUGUAUAUGAUCACCUACAUCCCAUGUAUAUUUCCUGCGAGCUAUCUACUGGAUAAAGUUGGUCUCCGUGUGACAACGAUUAUCGGUUCGCUGGGAACAUGUGCGGGUGCCUGGCUGAAGGUAUUGUCUGUGCCACAAGAUAUGUUCUGGGUUGGUUUCACAGGCCAGACAAUAGUGGCCAUAUCACAGGUGUUCAUUUUGAAUGUACCACCUCGACUAGCUGCAGUUUGGUUUGGAGCUGACCAGGUUUCAUCUGCCUGCAGUAUAGGAGUUUUUGGAAAUCAGCUCGGUAUCGCCCUGGGUUUUCUGCUACCACCCAUCAUAGUUCGCGCACAAGGUACAGUUGAGGAGAUUGGCGAAGACUUCAAAUUCAUGUUCUAUCUUGUAGCUGCAAUCACCACAGUUCUCUCGGUGCUUAUUGUACUAUUUUUCAAAGCGGCCCCAGCAUCUCCACCUUCAGCAGCAGCUGAUCUUGGCGCGGCACUUGACUCCAACUUCCUGCAGUCACUAAAGAAAUUAAUGACCAACCGAAACUAUAUAUUGUUGCUUAUCUCCUACGGCCUCAAUAUCGGAGUCUUCUACGCUAUUUCCACUCUGCUUAAUGAGUUGGUUUUGAGAUACUAUCCGGGUGCCAAUGCGGAUGCAGGAAGAAUAGGUCUAGUGAUAGUCGUGGCUGGUAUGGUGGGUUCGGUGGUAUGUGGCUACAUACUUGACAAGACACAUCGCUUCAAGGAGACGACACUGGCUGUUUACGCUGCCUCUGUCGUAGGAAUGAUAAUCUUCACGUUCACGCUGGACUGUGGACAAAUCGGUGUAGUUUAUUUCAGUAGUAUUAUUCUUGGUUUCUUCAUGACGGGCUACCUACCUGUUGGAUUCGAGUUUGCAUCGGAAGUGACAUAUCCUGAACCGGAAGGAACAACGUCGGGAAUUUUGAAUGCUUGUGUGCAGGUGUUUGGCAUAAUACUAACACUUCUCUUUGAAUGGAUGCUGGCUGAAGUUGGCGACCGUUGGGCAAACUUGACUUUGUGCGUUAUUUUGGCAGUUGGAACAGUUAUCACCGCGUGUAUUCGAUCUGACUUGAGACGUCAAGCCGCGCAAAAUAAGGCUUAA